AGGGCCCCAACACGGAAGUGGCUCAUGAGACGAAAAGGGAGGGAAGCGGUUGCAUCGCUGGCUGGUCCGCGCGGUGAUUGUGGGCGGGGCCGAAGCCGUGAGGGGCGCGAGGAGGGGGGCUGACCAACCGCCGGAGCCUCCUGCCCCCCCCUCCUCCCGCGGCUGCCCCAUUCCGGGGUCCCUGCCAUGAAUGUGGACGUGGAGUUUCACAUUCGCCACAACUACCCUUGGGCCCGCCUCCCCGCCAGCGUCAAGCAGGGUCUUGGAAACUCACAGCGAGAAUAUGAAAAGCAAGGUCGCGUGCUCUAUAUGGUAUCGCAAUCAGCUCACAAUUACGGUGCACGAAUAGCUUAGUUAAGCAUGUUAAGAAAGAUGAACGAAGAUACUAUGAGGAACUGUUAAAAUAUAGUAGAGAGCAUCUCAUGUUGUACCCCUAUCACUUGUCUGAUAUCAUGGUGAAGGGCCUGAGGAUAACACCGUUUUCAUACUACACAGGAAUAAUGGAGGACAUAAUGAACAGUGAAAAAAGCUAUGAUUCGUUGCCCAAUUUCACUGCUGCAGACUGCCUGAGACUUCUUGGCAUAGGAAGAAACCAGUACAUUGAUCUAAUGAACCAGUGUCGAUCAUCAAAAAAAUUUUUCAGAAGGAAGUCCGCUCGUGACCUGCUGCCCAUGAAACCAGUGGAAAUUGCCAUAGAGGCCUGGUGGGUGGUGCAAGCUGGCUACAUAACUGAGGACGACAUAAAGAUUUGCACUACCUCUGAAAAAUCUGCAAUUGAUAAAAUAAUCGAUUCAGGCCCUCAACUCGCUGGAUCACUUGACUACAACAUAGUUCACAGCUUAUAUAAUAAAGGUUUUAUUUACCUCGACGUACCAAUAUCAGAUGACAGUUGUAUAGCAGUGCCUCCCCUUGAGGGCUUUGUCAUGAAUAGAGUGCAGGGCGAUUACUUCGAAACCCUGCUGUACAAGAUAUUCGUUUCAAUAGAUGAGCAUACAAACGUGGCAGAGCUUGCAAAUGUCUUGGAGAUAGACUUGUCAUUGGUAAAGAAUGCUGUUUCCAUGUACUGUCGAUUAGGAUUUGCCCAUAAAAAGGGCCAAGUGAUCAAUCUGGAUAAUCUUCAUUCAUCAUGGCGGAACGUUCCCUCUAUAAACAGGCUGAAAAAUACUUUGGAUCCACAGAAGAUGCUGUUGUCGUGGGACAGUACCGAAAGCAGGAGUCCUGUGCAGGAGGCUGGGUCAUCUGCGACGGAUACAGACACAAACAGUCAAGACGAUCCAGCAGAUACAGCCAGUGUGAGCAGCUUAAGUCUGUCUAGCGGGCACACCAAGCGCAUAGCCUUCCUGUUUGAUUCAACUCUCACUGCCUUUCUAAUGAUGGGGAAUCUUUCACCGAAUUUGAAAAGCCAUGCAGUCACUAUGUUCGAAGUUGGAAAACUGUCGGAUGAGUCGCUGGACAGCUUCCUUGUAGAGCUUGAAAAGGUUCAGAGCACAGGAGAGGGCGAAGCACAGAGGUAUUUUGAUCACGCACUUACUCUGCGAAACACUAUACUCUUCUUGAGGCACAAUAAGGACCUGGUGGCUCCAGUUACACAGCCUGAGCAACCCAAUAACGGUUUCCCUCUGGAUUUGCUGCGCUGUGAGAGCUUGCUUGGUCUGGACCCUGCAACGUGCGGCAGAGUUCUGAACAAAAACUACACCCUUCUCGUCUCCAUGGCUCCACUUACCAACGAGAUCCGCCCUAUCAGCAGCUGUACACCUCAGCAUAUUGGACCAUCCAUCCCAGAGGUGAGCUCAGUAUGGUUCAAGCUCUACAUUUAUCACAUCACCGGACAAGGACCCCCGUCCCUUUUGCUGUCGAAAGGAACAAGACUUCGAAAACUUCCAGAUAUCUUUCAGGGUUAUGAUCGCCUGUUAAUAACGUCUUGGGGUCAUGACCCAGGAGUGGUCCCGACCUCCAAUGUGCUCACCAUGUUGAAUGACGCUUUAACCCAUUCCGCUGUUCUGAUUCAGGGCCACGGUAUGCACGGUAUUGGGGAGACCAUCCAUAUGCCUUUCCCAUUCGAUGAAGCAGAACAACAAGGAGAAUUUUCUCGUGUCAAUGCGGGUGCCCACAGAGCACUGAGGAUCUUAAGGGAAAAGAUGGAUUUGCAGCACUUUUGUGGCUACAUGACCAUGCUGAAUCCUUCCAGUCAUCACGGACACAGAAAGCUGAGCGAUGCCUCUGAUGGAAAAGGCGAGCCACAGCUGGCACUAGGCUCAGAUGUAAAUGGGAGCACAGAAUCGUUCGAGAUGGUCAUUGAAGAGCCACCUGUGGAUCCUGCAGCUAAGCAGAGUCCCGAAGUUCCCACAACAGAACUGGAAUGGGUUCCCCUGGAGCUGUGCUUCGGCAUUCCGCUCUUCAGCUCUGAAUUAAACCGGAAAGUCUGCCAAAAAAUCGCUAGUCAUGGACUGUGUAGCAAAGACAGCCUGCAAAAACUGUUACAUUCCAGUAGAAAACUUUCUCUACAGGUCCUUAGCUUUGUUCAUUCAUUCCAGGAAAGCAUUUCAACCAUGGACCUCCUCUCCGAGGCCAGCUUUUCUCCCUCUCUGAGUUUACUCUCUCCUCCCGCUGGCGCAGACGCGGGCGUCCCACUUCCUGCUAAGAAUCUCAUGUUCAAGGACGGGGUAUUAUCGGAGUGGAACGGAAGGUCUCCUUCCUCCGUCCUUAUCGCAACCAUGCCCCAAGAACACCUGAAGUAGCACGCAGGGGUGUGCCGGGGGACGUUCACAUCUCAUCGCCUUACUUCCCGACAACCGACCGCGUUCCGAUGAACAGUCCCAGCCUCGAAGGAGUGCACUUCUACCGCAGCAUGACCUCUGCAAAUAACAGUGUUAUAAAAGCGUAGGGUGCACUUAACUUGGGGAGACGCAUCCCGUUUUUGCCUUUCUGUUCAUUCCUGCAUGUUCUCGCUGCCACCGGAAGCUUUUCAGUUAUCGGUCCGUUUUCUCUUCCCACCUCGAGAGAAUCCGUCUUUCUUUUAUAACCGAGAGCGUCCUCUGUAGGCUUUUCCGACCGUUGAAAUUUCUACAGCGUCGCAGCAAGUAAUGGUACUUUUAUAUGUUUAGUGAUGUUGACUUAUUAAAACGAGAAGAGCUAUUUUUUUUAAUCGUAUUAACACUGCAACAGUUUAAGCGGUUUCUGGCCCUGGAAAGACACACACAUGUUACUAAAAUGGUAUAACAAAAAUGACGGACUCGAGGGUGGGGGUCUUGUGCAACAAGGGGAGGAUGCUAUUGAACCAUCACUGACAUGUUUUAACAAUUAUCUGUAUCCCCAGUGAGAUGGAAGAUGGGAAGAUAGUGGCAUCGAUGCAUUGAUGGUCCUUUUAAAAAAAAAAUUGGUUUUAAUCUGAAACUUAAAAGCACCUGCUGAUUGAUGCCUCACGGGGAGAACUUUUAGAUCCAGUUUUUUCAUUCUUGUUGAUGGUGUGUGGAAUCACAGCAGGGAUAAACGGGCUGCUUUUCGCGCACUGUCUCUCUUCCACUUGCGUGCUUAGCCCAUUUGCAGUACACCUGGAAAUCUGUGGGCCUUUGUUCCCACUGAAGCAGCAGCGUCCACCGUUACCUGAGAGCCUGUUCACGCAGCCGCUUCAGCUCGAGGGUAGCCAUACCAAAAAAAAAAAAAAUGCACACGAGGAUUUCUGGCCUAUGACCCAGUCAGUUGGGUGAAUCCAUCACUAUGCAGAAUUCGGCUGUUGACACGCCCCCACUCAUGGCUGGGAAGUUGAAGGAUGCACACCGUUUCAGGUUGACAUUGAUUUCUGAGCACACGUCAUCCGACUUGUGGGGAAGACGGUUGUGUGAAAUGAACUGUGGGCUGUCAAACAUGGGCUGACUGAUAAUGCUGUUAAAAUACCCACUGGAUGCAAUGGCCGGAAGUGCUGGCACUUUGUGAUUCCUGUGGCGUCUGCAGUCGGCGACACAGAUGCCACGCGUGGUGGAUUUGUCCCACCCAUAACUGAUGUUUUCAUGGGAGAGAAUGAAGACAGGUCAGAUUUGCAUUGGAUCUUUUGUGCAGGAGUAGAUGGACACUUGAAGAAGCCCGUUGUAACUAAGCAGGGCGGGCAUUACAUUGGACAGUUUAGGAUACAGUCCUUUGAUAGGUUUCCUGUAGUGUUUUUGUAUUAGUUUAGGUUGGGACUAUUGCCCAUAGUGUGAGGUUAUUUUUCCCACCUUAGCUGUUCAUGACAAAAUGUUAGUUGAAGAUAGUUGCAUUUAAUUCCACCUAGCUUUAUCAAGAGUUCCACCCUAGAAGGGCUGGAGACAGGAACACAGUAUUUGUACAGUGGCUAGGUGGGUCUGGUUUCUAAGAAUUCUGGGCUGCGCUUCUCUCAUUUCAGGGUCUUUUGUGCAGCUGUAACAUAUAAAAUCACAACUGUACACAAUUUAUAAUAUCUGUUGUCAAAUCAGUGUUGUCUAAAAUAUUUGAAUUGGACUUGGGGUGCCAGUUUUAGUGAGGGGGAGUUUGGAAUAGAUUUCUUUUCCCCUUUAAACUGCACAUUAGCUGGUUUUUCUAAUAGGAAUGUUCUGGGACCAAGAACCUAGGGGGCAUCAAAGUGACAUUCAGUAGGAUACAGUCCUAACAAAUUAUUUUUUUAAUAGGGUAGGAACAAAGAAGUUGUUAUCAUAGUUGAAAGUCGGGAAAAUGCGUACAAUUUGCUUUUAAUUCUAAUGGCUGAAAGUUGAUCUUCUCUUCUUCAUUCCAUUUCUGCUCUCUCUGUAGAUUAAGUAUAGAGUUCUUCUCCCCUUCCCCCCCUCCCCUCACUUCAUCUGAAAAGCAUGCGUGACCUAAUAUGCUCGCAUGCGCAGUGGCGUGCUCGCUAUCUCUGCUUUUGCUGCUGCUCUUGUCUCCUCGUCCCUUUUCUGCAGCGUGCUGCACAAAACAUUAAAACCCACCUGAGAACCUGGUGUGGCCACGCUGCUGGCUUGUGACUAGGAAAGACCCACGUUUACAUCACACUGAAGAUGCAGCCGUGUCGCUUCACCGCCUUCUGAUGCAAAGGAGCUGGGGGUAGGAUAGGUCUCCAAACAGGCAGCAUUUCAUAACCAGUGGCUAGAAAACAGCCAGGAUGACCUGCUCAUGCAAGUGGCCUGGCCCGCUCUCGUGUCUAACAGCAGCUGGAUAAUGCAGAGCUCAGGUCGUGAAGAGAAACCCAUGACUAACAUCUGCAGAUCAACCCGCUGUUUAAGCCUCAGCAUCAGUAAAAACGUUUCUCACCUCCUCAGAGGGCUGCUGAUCAGGAGAUGGUUGUGCCAAAAACGACAGUUGCACUUUGUUUUGCCUCGUGGCUAACGUAGUGAGGAAUGCAGAAAUCAGUUACUCCUGUUUGACACUCCUGUCUAAAGGGGACCCAAUUUACAUACCAUCCAUCCAUCCUAUUGCUUGCUGUACAGUAAUCAGUGGUAAGAAUUUUCAGUGGAUUGGGGCAGGGAGGCCUUGUUGCAUCCAGCAAAGAGCCGGCAUGUGAUGUUGAUGGUGGGUGGGGGGUGGGACACUCACUUUUGGAACCAAAGCACGGCAUGACAUCCCAUGCCAACAGUUUCCUCUAGGACUCUAUACAAUUGGGAUUUUUUUUUUGUGGGCUGAAAUUCCCAAACGAUUCAUGUUGAAUUGAUUUGUUGUUGUGAUGCUACCUGACAUGCCUCCCCUAACCCAAAGAUGGUCUCCCCUCUUAGUUUGUCUCGCGAGUGGCCUCGAAGGCUCAAGCGAAGCUAAUGGCAUGAGCAUUGCCGCCAUCUUGAAUGUUGUUCGUGUAUGGAUGGUGUAGUCCUAAAAGGGCAGAACUCAGAGGCUGUACUUUUGAUGCUGAUUUCAUCAGGAGUCCUGGAAGGUGAACUGUGAAUUGGGCUUGGGCAACCAAUAAUGGCUAUUUCCAUAAGGGGGGGGGGACCCAUUCCAGGCCACAACUGUGCCCCAUUCCCCAAAUUCACCCUCUAGGGUAAAAACCGGAAAAAGUGCACGUCUUGUUUUCCCCCCUCUCGGCUGAUUCUUUUUUUGCUGCCUUUGCUAUAUUUUAAAGUGUGAUCAUUAUUUAAAUCUAUUGUGAACAGUCGCAAGCUGUAUUCAACCAAAAAAGUUUAUAAUCUGUUGAGCUUCAUUUUUUUUAAACUUUUCAGCAUCUUUUGUCAAAAAAAAAUCAAGUUUGGUGAUGUUUUAUGCCUUCACAUUUCACAACUCGUCUGUAUGUUUCAUGAUGAAAAUGUAUUUUGCUGCUCAGAUUUGAGAAUAAAUGAGACAUCCGUCAAAAGUACUUUAACGGGUCUUGCUGUGAAAGUUUGGGUACUCUUCCAAAAACUGUUGCUUGGGUUUUUCCCUCCUUACCUGUAUCUUCUCUCUUCCUCUUCCUCCACUGCCACAGGAGUUUAAGCUCCCCCUAAAGUUUAGUCUCUCUUUUUUUUUCAUUUUGUAUUUCUUUUCCCCAAGACCGUUUCUGAGAUUGCUUGUAUUUUUUGGAAAGUUUUGAAGUGUGGGAGUCCAGCAGCUCGAAGACGACCCGGUUGCUUUUGUUCUCCACUCUGGCAUUGUUGAUAAAAUGCAGUGACAUGUACGAAUCCUGGUAUUUGAUUAAAUUAUUGGCACAUGUAACAUAAAUGUUUACAAAUAAAGCUAUGUUGCUGGUCAGGA